ACCCCUUUCGCCAGAUUUCAAGUUUUUCAUGUGGGAUUUUCAUUUCUAGUUCAAGAUCGAAUUUUUAGCGAAUUGCGAGCUCCCUUUUUUCAAUUCUUGAGAGUUGGUAGCUGCUGUUUCAAAAUGGGAAGUUUCUGGAGCUGUUUUUUCCUGAUUUUCUUGGCGUCUGCUGCGACAUUCGGAGUGAAUGCUGUGAAUCUAGAAGGUACAACUCUGCUAUCACUUGUUAGGCAUUGGAAAGUUGUACCUUUACCCAUCAAGUCCAGCUGGAAUGCUUCAGAUUCCACUCCCUGUUCUUGGCUUGGUGUGAUUUGCAAUCCUAGCAACGUUGUUGUUGAGGUGAACAUAUCUAGUUUGUCGAUUUCAGGCGAAUUAGGGCCGGAAAUCGGCUAUUUGAGCCAUUUGGAGUCGAUUGAUUUGAGCUUUAACAGUUUUUCUGGUAAAAUUCCUUCAUUGCUAGGCAAUUGCAGCUAUCUUGAGUCUUUAGACCUGUCUAACAACUUCUUUAAUGGAGAAAUUCCGGAAAAUCUGGGAAAUUUGAGGAGAUUAAGGGAUUUGAGCUUGUGGACGAACAAUCUCGGUGGUGAGAUUCCUGAAUCUUUGUUUAGGAUUCCUUCACUGAGAUUGAUUUACCUGAAUAACAACAAGCUUACUGGUUCAAUUCCUAGGGAUUUAGGGAAUCUAAGCUUAACUGAGACGUUGUCUUUGAACAAUAAUAUGUUGUCUGGGACUAUCCCUUCGUCGAUAGGGAACUGCAGCGAGUUGCGAGAGCUCUACUUGAACGAUAACUUGCUUGAAGGCGUGUUGCCAGAUAGCUUGAACAGUUUAACUCAUUUGCAAUUUUUGUUUGUGGAGAAUAACAAUCUUGUGGGGGAGAUUCCUAGUUUUGGCUCUUGUAAGGAGUUGGAGAAUCUUGUUUUGUCGAGCAACCGGUUUAGUGGAGGGCUUCCGACAGGGUUAGGGAACUGCAGUAGCUUAACUAGUCUUGCUGCCGUUGGCUGUGGUUUGAGUGGUCCUAUCCCUUCUUCUCUAGGUAGAUUGACUAAUCUUAGUCUACUUUAUUUGUCUGAAAAUCGACUGUCUGGUUCGAUCCCGCCUGAGUUGGGGAAUUGUGAGGCAUUAACUGAUUUGCAGCUGUAUGGAAACAAGCUCAGUGGUGCUAUUCCGAGCGAAUUAGGUAUGCUUGAUCAGCUGCAGAUAAUCAUGCUUUUUACGAACAAUUUGAGUGGAGAGAUUCCAAGCAGCAUUUGGAGGAUUCAGAGCCUUCAACAGCUUAUAGUUUAUGAGAAUGAUCUCGUUGGUGAGAUACCGAACGAGAUCACAAAACUGAAGGAGCUGAGUUAUCUUUCCUUGUUCGACAAUCAGUUCUCAGGUGUUCUCCCUCAAGGUUUAGGCAUCAAUGGCAGCCUAACUCAAGUGGAUCUCUCGAGAAACAAGUUCAUCGGCCCUAUACCGCCAAAUCUUUGCUUCGGGAAGAAGCUGAGAAGGCUCAUCUUGGGCCAGAAUCACUUCAAUGGAAGCAUUUCUUCUGAUGUUGGGAGGUGUACCUCGCUCACGAGGCUGAUUCUCAAGGAGAAUAGUCUCGAGGGAAGAAUCCCGGACUUUUUGAAGCAUUCAGGUCUUGAAUAUAUGGAUAUUAGUAACAACAGGAUUAGUGGGUCGAUUACCUCGAGUUUAGGUGAUCUUGCUAAUGUUAGUUUUAUUGAUUUGUCUCACAAUAAGCUCGUUGGCGGUAUACCUCUCGAGUUGGGUGGUCUUGUGAAUCUUGAAUAUUUAAGUCUCUCUCACAAUCGUCUCGAUGGCAUCAUGCCGUCACAGUUGUCGGGCUGUCACAAGCUGUCGGAGCUUCAUCUGAGAAACAAUCUGUUAAAUGGGACAAUUCCUUCCAGCUUGAGAAGCUUGAGUGAGUUAUCCGUAUUGGAUCUUAGUGAAAACCGUUUUGGAGGGGGCGUUGCGACCACCUUAUUUAAGCUAGGGAAGCUUUCGUCUUUGCAGCUCGGUGGAAACCUAUUAGGUGGGGCUAUUCCUCCUUCCAUAGGGCUGGAAGUUGAAGCACAGAGCCUGAGAUCGUUGAAUCUCAGCAGGAACGGGUUGAUAGGUCGUCUCCCCGUGGAAUUCGGGAAGCUUAAAAUGCUGGAGCAAUUGGAUAUCAGCUGCAAUAAUCUCUCUGGCAGCCUGGAAAUUGUUGGUAAACUCCGUUCUUUAACAGAGAUCAAUGUCUCGUAUAACUCGUUUGCUGGUCCGAUUCAGCCUGCAGUGAUGAAAUUCCUGAUUUCUUCGCCCUCGUCCUUCGUUGGCAAUCAAGAUUUGUGCAUUGAGUGUGUAGGGAGCUGCGAGGGAAGUAACAGUAGCAGUAACGCCUUCAAAAUGUGUCGUUCACAAUCAAGGAAAAGAGGCCUCGGUCGUGUUGGCCUUGCAAUGGUCGUCUCUGGAUCGUCCCUUUUCGCUGUUAUCCUCGUUCUUGGAGUUUCUUACGCGUUUUUAAGGAACAAGGGCCAUGAGGGGAACAUUUUAGGCGAUGCAGAGGAAGGUGCCUCGUCUCUGCUCAGACAAGUUAUGGCAGCUACUGAGAAUCUACACGAGAAAUACAUUGUCGGGAGGGGAGCGCACGGGACAGUGUACAGGGUGGCGUUGAGUCCAACGAAGGCGUAUGCUUUGAAGAAGCUAUCUUUUGCUGGAUCAAAGGGAGGGAACGCGAGCAUGGUGCGUGAAAUUGAGACCAUUGGCAGUGUGAGACACCGCAACCUAGUGAAGCUCGAAGACUUCUGGCUGAGGAAGGAUUACGGCCUGAUUUUGUACCCUUACAUGGAGAACGGCAGCCUGCACGACGUUCUGCACGAGUCUCACCCUCGUCUUCCCCUAAAGUGGGAGGUUCGUUACAGGAUAGCUCUCGGAGCUGCUCAAGGCCUAAUGUACCUUCACUUCGACUGCGAUCCUCCCAUCAUACACCGCGACAUCAAGCCAAUGAACAUCUUGCUCGACUCGGAUAUGGAGCCUCACAUCUCUGACUUUGGGAUCGCCAAGCUCUUGGACGAGUCGGUUUCCUCGACACAAGUUGCAGUCCAGGGCACCAUUGGCUACAUUGCUCCAGAGCGAGCGUUCUCGACGAGGAGUAGUAGGGAGUCGGAUGUGUACGCAUAUGGCGUGGUGCUGCUGGAGCUAGUGACGAGGAGGAGGGUGCUGGACGAGUCGUUUGGAGAGGGAGUGGACGUUGUGAGGUGGGCGAGGGGCGUGUGGGACGAGGGGGAAGGGCUCGGGGAGAUCGUGGAUCGGGAUGUGGUGGACGAGCUGUUGGAUUCGAGCCUAAGGGAGCAAGUGGAGGGUGUGGUGGUGUUGGCUUUGAGGUGCACUGAUGAGGAUGCUGGGAAAAGGCCUUCAAUGAGGGAGGUUGUGAAGCAAUUGGUGGUGGUGGAGAGUAGGAGUAGAAGCAAGCAUAGAUAGAUGAAUAAAUUGUUAUUAGAAUAUUUUUAUUUGUUUAAGAAUACUUUGAAUUGUGUUUAUAUUUAUGCCUUUGUAACUGUAAAAGAGCUAAUUGGAAGUUGUUUAAAUUGUGUAAUCCCUUACUCGUUCAGUCUGCAAAA